AUGACUGAAGUCCCUUGUAUAUCUGAACUAUUCUUCCAACAUGAACCAACCCCAUUACUUCUUACAUAUUGUAAGAUUAUGAUAAAAGGAUGUGAUUUAGUUGAAUCAAGAGUUCAUUGUAAAUUACUAAUACGAUAUGCUACAGGAUAUGGACUACUUAGAGAAGUUUUAUCUUCUUUAGGAAAAUUAGAAAUUCAAAAUACACCACCAUCUUCAUUUAUAUUUCGUGGAAAUUCAGCAUUUACUCGAUUAUUUUUCUAUUAUAUAGAAUCUAGUUGUACUAAAUAUUUAAAUAAAGUUAUAUCAACUUUAGUUGAUGAAAUGAUGACUAAUCCACGCUUCUAUUUUGAUUCAGUUGAUCCUACACAAGCAGAAAAUGAAAAUUUAGUAUUUGAAAGUUUAGAUAGUGUAACAGAAAUUAUGGAUGAGUUAGGAAAAUUAAUAAUAAGUAAUUUAGACUUAAUUCCCCCUCAAGUUUUUGGAAUUAUAAAAGAAUUAUUAAAUGAAGUCCAAAAGAAAGAUCCUGAAAAUACUGAGCAAGUAAUUAUUACAUUUAAAACUAUCUUCUUUUUAAGAUUUUUAUUUCCUGCUCUAAAUAGUGCUGAAAAAUAUGUUUCUAUUCAACUUCGUUUAGAAUUAUCCCAAAUUAUUGACCAAGUUCGAAGUAUAGUUAAAUUUGGACAAUUAGUGGUUAAUGGGAAACACUCACCAGAUGAAUUAACCAAAUAUGUUUUACAAGCAUGUGGUGGAUUUAGUAAAACAGUUGAUUCAUUAUUUAAAACAGUAAUUAGAUAUAAUGAAAUUAAAUCAAAAGAAUGUCUUGGUAUUGAUUACAACACUCAAUUAUCAGUAACAAAAGAAUUAUUAUCAUAUAUUAAGCCAUUUUUAAAAGAUUUUCAAACAGAAUUAGAAUCAAAUGGAUAUGCAGAUAUUUUUAAUAGAAUAUUCUAUUGUUCUAAAAAUACAAAACAUGAUUGUUUAGAAGUCACUUCUUUAUUACUUACUACUAAAAAGAUGCAUCAUUUUAUGAUGAGUCGACUAUCUCAAUUACAACAUGAAAAUGAAUUCUAUCUAAAAAAAAUAGUUGAAAUGAAAAGAAUUAAUAAAAGAUUAAAAAAUACACUUGAAUCUUCUUGUCCAUCAAGUCCUUUACAAACUACUCCUUCAUUACCUAAUCCAGAUAACCGUCGUUCAGUAGAUAUACCGUCAACUAAAAGUAUUCUUCUUUUUCAAUAA